AAGAGGAAAAUCACCAAAAAAAGGGAGGAAGUAAAAUGAAAAAAUGGAAAGAGAAAAAAAGAAAAGAAAGAGAGAGAGAGAGGACUGGUUGCUAGACAUGACCUGUUGCCACGUUGUCCUCUGCCUUCUCAGAUGUCGGCCGCCCUUGUCGGUGAUCGCUUCUUAUAAACCAGUUCUUGCGCAUCUUCAUUUAGCCGAUUGGCGCGAAUUCAAUUUUUGUUUUUCGUAUUUCUUCUUUGACAUUGAAGUUCUCGUCUACAAAAUUUGAGCGAUACGAAUCUGUUGGGUCGUCUUUAUAGCGAGUGGUCAUCAUGACCGGAGCGGGAGGUUUACGUUUCUUCAAACCAACAUAAUCUCCCCAGUUUUUUUGGUUCUUUUUCCUGCAGCUGAUUGUGUCGUCAUCAUUUAAGGAAUUGGAAAUAUUUUUUGUUUUGUUUUCUUUUUCUUUUUUUUUUUUGUUUGUUUUUGUUUUCGUUUUCUUUUGGGUUUUGAAAAAUGCAAAAUCUCAAGAAACGAGUGGAUAGCUGGAUGGGGAAAAGCAACAACGCAGAUGGGACGAGCAGCGUGCCGCUAAGCGAAGUGACGGCGCUCAAUAAACCACCGGUGUCACGAACGCUGUCGAGCGAAGGGGAGCCGCGUGAAACGUGGAACAAGAAGGUCGAUUUCUUGCUAUCCGUCAUCGGUUUCGCCGUCGAUCUCGCCAACGUCUGGCGCUUUCCCUAUUACUGCUACAAGAAUGGAGGAGGUGCCUUUUUGAUACCGUACGGGAUCAUGCUGUUCGUCGGUGGAAUACCACUCUUCUACAUGGAACUGGCUCUCGGUCAAUUUUACAGAAAGGGUGCCAUCACCAGCUGGGGCAGGAUCGUUCCACUCUUCAAAGGCAUUGGAUUCGCCGUCGUUCUCAUCGCGUUCUACGUCGAUUUUUUCUACAACGUCAUCAUCGCCUGGGCGCUGCACUUCUUUUUCGCUUCGUUUACCAGCCAAUUACCGUGGACCACUUGCUCCAAUUCAUGGAACACGCCUCAAUGCGCUGAGGUAAAUCACGAGUUCAACGGCAGUUUUUACAUCGUCAAUAAUCGUACGAGCAUGAGCCACACGAACAUCAGCGAGACUCUAUCGGAUUUAGAGAGUCACGUCGAAUUGAAUUCAACGCAACAGUCAACUAAUUAUACGUCAGCCGCUUGGGAGUAUUUCGUGCGGGGCUUACUGGAAUUGAACCAAAGCAAAGGCAUUGACGAUCUGGGUAGAAUCAAAUGGGACAUUGCCCUGUGUCUGCUGGUCGUCUACCUGAUUUGUUACUUCAGUCUAUGGAAGGGCAUUUCCACAUCUGGCAAGGUUGUUUGGUUCACGGCGCUCUUCCCUUACGUCGUCCUCUUUAUAUUGCUGGUGCGCGGAAUCACGCUGCCGGGCUCGGCCGAAGGCAUCCGCUAUUAUCUGUCGCCCAACUUCGAAGCCCUCAAGAAAGCCGAGGUGUGGGUCGAUGCAGCGACGCAAGUCUAUUUUUCACUAGGGCCGGGCUUCGGUGUUUUACUGGCGUUCGCUUCUUACAACAAGUUCCACAAUAACGUUUACAAGGACGCAAUGCUGACAUCUUUGAUCAACUGUUCGACGAGCUUCUUGGCCGGUUUCGUCAUCUUUUCCGUGCUGGGUUACAUGGCGCUACGUUCGGGAAAACCCAUCGACCAGGUAGCUACCGAAGGUCCAGGUUUGGUCUUUGUCGUCUAUCCGGAAGCCAUCGCCACUAUGCCCGGAUCGACUUUCUGGUCGUUACUAUUCUUCAUGAUGCUUAUGACUCUCGGACUGGACAGCUCCUUUGGGGGAUCAGAAGCUAUCAUUACAGCGCUCAGUGAUGAAUAUCCAAUAAUUGGACGACAUCGAGAGAUUUUUGUUGGUUGCCUCUUCAGCGUUUAUUUCGUCGUCGGAUUGGCUUCCUGUUCUCAGGGUGGUUUUUAUUUUUUCAACUUACUGGAUCGCUUCGCCGCCGGCUUUUCUAUUCUGGUUGCCGUUCUCUUUGAAUCCAUCGCCGUGUCCUGGAUUUACGGUAUCGAUCGAUUCUGUCAAGAUAUCAAAGCCAUGACUGGCUUCUGCCCAGGGAUCUACUGGCGAGUUUGCUGGAAGUUUAUCGCUCCCAUUUUCCUUAUGGGCAUCAUCGGCUACGGUUUGUGGGAUUACAAGCCAUUGGAAUACGAUGGAUAUGUUUAUCCGAUGUGGGCUAACUUACUGGGAUGGUGCAUAGCAGGUUCCAGUAUCGCCAUGAUACCUACCGUUGCAAUUUAUCAAAUAAUCAUCACACCUGGAACUUUUUGUCAACGAAUGAAAAUACUGGUGACGCCGUACGUCGUUCAGCAUGAUUCGAUGAUUGUGGUGGACAAUGCCAUAACGAACGAGCGACCCACGACGUUAUUGAUCAUCGACGAGAAUUUCAAGGCAACUUCGACCGAUCGAAGCACCUACGUCUAAUUCGGGAUGCCAGCUAUUGUUAGAAAACACGAACGGACGAUGUUCGAUUAUUUUCGGUACGAAGACGCCAUUGUAGGCCAAAAGACAGCAAACAAUUUAGCAAUCCAAGUUUGCUAGAUUUUUUUUUUUAGUCUAAUUUCCACCCACGAGAGGUGCAUGUCGUUGUUGUUUCUUUUUUUUAAUACUAUAUCACAGCGUUUACCUUUAAAUGGAUUUUUUUGUUUUGUUUUUUACCGGUACGUAAUUGCAUUUUAGAAUCGGCAGGAGAACUGAUUUGAUAAAAAUGCCGUUUAGUUAAACGUAUACCGAUUUUUAUGGACAAGUAAAAAAAACAAAAAAAACAAAAAAAAAAACGGUUGUGGUGUUGUUGAUUUUAAUUACUCGUUAUUUAUUCUACUUCUUAUUUACUCUAUUCCCCUUUAAACUUUCCAUUUCCUCUAUAUUUGUCCCUUUUGUUUUUUUGUUUUUUUUUUAAAUAACAAAAAUUUUUUUUUUCAAUGUCACGUGUGUUAGCGCUGCAUUUUGUCGUUGUUUCGCAGUGUCUAUUUUGUCCAAAAGGAUCUUUUGAUUCCAUAUAUACGUUCGUGGAUACAGAAAUCAUUCCCCAUCGCCCUAUAAAUGAUGUCCACAUUUAAGCAGCACGUUUUUAUAGCAUUGGCAUUUCGUAUACAUCAGCCAGUAUCCGGAAGGCCAACAUGUUUUCAUUGUUUUCAUUUUGCAAAUCCCCGAUGAUAAUUAAUUAAAGACACACAUUUUGAAUUUACUUGUUUUGUGCGUGAGUGUUAUUGAUUUCUAACCCCCACCCUCACUUCAGUCACUUGUCAAAACAAAAUAGCCGAAAAACAAAACAAAACAAUAAAAACUAGUGUUUCUUUUC